ACUUAGGCUUUUCUGUCAUAUGCAGCAAACUUCAUGAGUCUCCAUUGAAUUAUAUGCUCGAAGAUGGUUGUGAAAAACUCUCUACAAAUAACAAGAACUGCUUCCGGUGCUUACGAUGAUGAUGGACGUGCCAAAAGAACAGGAAAUCUGAAAAGUGCUGUGGCUCAUAUCAUCACAGCUGUUAUUGGUUCUGGUGUUUUGUCUUUGGCUUGGAGUAUUGCUCAAUUAGGAUGGAUUGGAGGACCAAUUGCCUUGUUGUGUUGCGCGAUAGCUACCUAUAUUUCUUCAUUCCUUUUGUCUGAUUGUUACAGAAAUCCUGACCCGGUAACUGGGAAAAGAAAUUACUCUUUCACCGAUGCUGUUAGAGUCAAUCUUGGUCCGAAAAAGACAUUUGUGGCUGGUUUCCUACAAUGCUUGAGCUUGUAUGGGGCUAGUACAUCCUAUGUAAUUACCACAGCAACCAGUUUGAGGGCUGUUAUGAGAUCAAAUUGUUAUCAUAAGGAAGGACACAACGCUCCUUGUAAUUAUGAUGCAAAUUUGUAUAUGUUGCUGUUUGGACUUGUUCAGAUAGUAAUGUCAUUCAUACCGGAUCUCCAUAACAUGGCAUGGCUUUCAAUUGUUGCUGCAAUAAUGUCCUUUUCAUACUCAUUCAUUGGACUAGGACUUGGCAUAUCAAGAGUCAUUAAAAAUGGAAGAAUUAUGGGAAGUGUAACAGGAGUUCAAACUGCUAAUGUUGUUGACAAAAUCUGGUUAAUCUUCCAGGCACUUGGUGACAUUAGCUUUUCUUAUCCAUAUGCAAUGCUCCUUCUUGAGAUACAGGACACUCUAGAGUCUCCUCCAGCAGAGAAUCAAACCAUGAAAAAGGCCUCUAUGAUUGCCAUCUUCAUCACAACAUUCUUCUACCUAUGUUGUGGAUGCUUUGGAUAUGCAGCUUUUGGAAAUGCUACACCAGGAAAUCUAUUGACAGGGUUUGGAUUUUACGAGCCUUUCUGGCUUAUUGACAUUGCCAAUGUUUGUAUUAUCAUUCAUUUGGCAGGAGGAUAUCAGAUAUUCAGUCAACCAAUAUAUAGUGCUGCUGAUAGAUGGUGUUCAAGAAAAUAUCCUAACAGUGGCUUUGUGAAUGAUUUCCACAGAGUGAAACUUCCUUUAUUACCGGCUUUUGAGAUAAAUCUUUACAGGUUUUGUUUUAGAACAACCUAUGUGAUUUCAACCACUGGACUUGCAGUCUUAUUUCCUUACUUCAACCAAGUUAUUGGAGUAUUAGGCUGCAUUAAUUUUUGGCCAUUGGCUAUAUAUUUUCCAGUUGAGGUGUAUUUUGUACAGAUGAAAAUUGGAGCUUGGACUAGAAAAUGGAUUGUUCUAAGGAUAUUUAGCUUUGCUUGCUUUCUUGUAACAAUGGUUGGGUUAAUUGGAUCACUUGAAGGAAUCAUACGGGAGAAACUCCGCAAAAAAUGAUAAUGACAUUAUUACUUCUUAACAAUGAUUUCAUGUAAUGUAAUUUACUUUCAGAGAUAGAUAAGGUUUAAGCUAUACCAGACUAGCCAUGAAAUAAGACUAGUUGUUUGAUACACAACCCCUUUGGGUUCCAACAAACUUGUUGUUUCCUACUUAUUGAUAAUUUAACCUGCCACCUCAGAUUAUA